AAAGUGUAAGGUGAUCGGUGUGUUAUGUGAGAGGCUCCGUCACAUCACCAUUGUAGAGCUACAGGAGAACAGAUGGCCAGAAGGCAGUGACAGCGCUUUGUCUGCAGACAUUGUACAGGAAAUUUCAGGUUAGGAAACACACUUUAUCGAAGAUGGAAAGCUCAGUGGUGCCGUGGGAAGGGAGCACAGAAUGUCAUGUGGAUGGGGAUGUGUUAAUACAUGGACACAGCCCCUCGCAACUCUUCAUAAGAGAUGAUGAAGUAGUUACUGACCAGGAGGUUGAAAGUCAAAGUUUUCAGACUGAAGGGAGUCAAAUAUUUGAAAGUUCACUUGAAUUAAAGAUGAGGGAGAUGAUGAAUCUUGAUACUACAGGGCAAGACUUUGUCAUUUCUGAAAAUGUCUAUGUGAAACCAGAAAGGAAAUAUGAGGAACAUUUCAUUGAAGAACCCAAAAUGUGUAAUGAAAAGACUGCCACAUAUUGGACAGGCGGUGGAGGAGAGUUUCACUGCAAGGAAGGGCUUCGGUUCGAGGAAGAUCUUCGGUGUGAGGAAGAGCUUCGGUGCGAGGAAAGGCUUCGGUGCGAGGAAGGGCUUCAGUGCGAGGAAGAGCUUCGGUGCGAGGAAGAGCUUCGGUGCGAGGAAGAGCUUCAGUGUGAGGAAGAGCUUCGGUGUGAGAAAGAGCUACGGUGUGAGGAAGAGCUUCCAUCCCAUUUAAAUGAUACACAGUUGGAUGUUGAUCAUACAAUUAUACAUCUCCCAGAAGAGAGGAAACCAUCACAUAGUAAUACCCAAAUUUAUCUCCCACUUCAAAAGACUCUGAAGAACCUCAGACUACUUGACCUGAAGCUGAAAUACAACAGUCAACAACUUGCUUUGGAUAAACCAGGAUUGAAAUGCAAUAAUGACUCCUCUUCUAGCUCUGAUGAAAGUGAUUCUAAGUUCCCAGAGUCUACAGUUGAAGAAACCAACAACGAUGAAGAAGCCCAUCAUUUAUUUCUGAUUAACCUUCUUACUCAAUGUCACUACAAGCUGGAGCAAAUGGAAGAACUAAGAGUUGGCUCUAUUAAACUGGGUCACAGACUUUGGGAAGCCGAGACAACCAUUGAGUACUUAAAGGAGGAGAUAGCAGAACUUCACAGGGAAAAUGUGAAAAAGGAGGAGGAUAUUUUUUUCCUAACAGAGGAACUCAUUAAAUCCAGAAGGAUUUUACAGCAGAAGAUGGAGAGAGCCAUAGAUGAAAGAACGAACAUAUCCCAUCCGAGAAGCCUGACUUUGAAUAACCCACAGCAUGAAUUUGAGCCCAUCUGCAUAGAGAAUGAAUACCCAGAAGAAAAUAGUCAAGCAGAUCGACACUCCAAGAUCUGUGUCAUCUUGUAAGAGUUUUAUACAUUUUAUUAUUUUACUUCACUUAAAAAACAAAACAAAUGCAAGAGUUUAAUAGUUUCUUUAUUUAAUACCAAUUGACAUACCA